CCUGCGCGAGUCGCUUCCGGAAGUGACGUGCGGAAAGGGUGCCCGGGACGAAGCCAUGGCCCUGGAGGCGGCGGGAGGGCCGCCGGAGGAAACGCUGUCACUGUGGAAACGGGAGCAAGCUCGGCUGAAGGCCCACGUCGUAGACCGGGACACCGAGACGUGGCAGCGAGACCCCGCCUUCUCGGGUCUGCAGAGGGUCGGGGGCGUUGACGUGUCCUUCGUGAAAGGGGACAGUGUCCGCGCUUGUGCUUCCCUGGUGGUGCUCAGCUUCCCUGAGCUCGAGGUGGUGUAUGAGGAGAGCCGCAUGGUCAGCCUCACAGCCCCGUACGUGUCGGGCUUCCUGGCCUUCCGAGAGGUGCCCUUCUUGCUGGAGCUGGUGCAGCAGCUGCGGGAGAAGGAGCCGGGCCUCAUGCCCCAGGUCCUUCUUGUGGAUGGAAACGGGGUACUCCACCACCGAGGCUUUGGGGUGGCCUGCCACCUUGGCGUCCUUACAGACCUGCCGUGUGUUGGGGUGGCCAAGAAACUUCUGCAGGUGGAUGGGCUGGAGAACAACGCCCUGCACAAGGAGAAGAUCCGACUCCUGCAGACUCAAGGAGACUCAUUCCCUUUGCUGGGAGACUCUGGGACUGUCCUGGGAAUGGCCCUGAGGAGCCACGACCGCAGCACCAGGCCCCUCUACAUCUCCGUGGGCCACAGGAUGAGCCUGGAGGCCGCUGUGCGCCUGACUCGCUGCUGCUGCAGGUUCCGGAUCCCAGAGCCCGUGCGCCAGGUUCACCUCCUGCUCUGUUCCAGAAGGUCCUGGGAGAGCACAGACGGGGUUAGUGUUGGUCUGCUCUCUCCCUGGCUCCGCGCCGGGCCGUCUUGGCCCCAUGGUCACAGGCGCUGCUGCGCUCCUGGUUGCCAGGUCCAGGCUCUCCUGCCAGGCCAGGCUGGGCCGCUCCAGGGGAAGGCUGACAUCUGCUCCCGAGAGCACAUCCGCAAGUCGCUGGGACUCCCCGGGCCACCCACACCGAGUGUCAUCACCAGGAGCCCGAAGGCGCAGAGGCCAGUGGCAUGCCCCAAAGGAGACUCUGGAGAGUCCUCAGCACUUUGUUAAACGCGGUGGUGAGAGCACACGUCCUCGUCUCGUUCCUGAUCGAACGCGGUGGUGAGAGCACACGUCCUCGUCUCGUUCCUGAUCAAACGCGGUGGUGAGAGCACACGUCCUUGUCUUGUUCCUGAUCUUAAGGGAACGUUUGCAGUCUUUCACCACUAGAUGUGAUGUGAGCUGUUAGAUUUUCAAGGAUGCUCUUCAUCCAGCUGAAGACGGUCCCUUCUAGUCCUAAUUUGUUAAGUGUUUUUAUCCUUAAAGGGUACUGGAUUUUGUCAAAUGCUUUUCUGGCCUCUAUUGAAAAGAUCCUGUGUUUUUCUGUUAAUAUGAGGUGUUACAUUGAUUGAUUUUCAUAUGUUGAGCCAGUUUCCAUUUGUGGAAUACAUCCAACUCGGUCAUGGUGUAUAAUCCAUUUACUCUGCUGCUGAAUGUGAUUUGCUUGUAUUUUGGUGCGGAUUUUUACAUCUGUAUUUAUAAGGGAUAUUGGUCUGGUGUUUUCUUAUGACGUCUUCCUUUGGUUUUGAUAUCAGGAUAAUAUUAGCCUCAUAUAUUGGGUUAGGAAAUGUUCUCUCCUCUGUUUUUUUUGGAAGAGAGAGAUUGGUGUUAAUUCUUGCUAGAACCUUUGGUAGAAUUUGCCAGUGAGCCUAUCUGGUCUUGGGUCUUUGGGAGGAUUUUGAUUCGAUUCAAUCUAUGUAUUUGUUAUAGAUUGUUCGGAUUGUUCAUCCUUGAGUCAGUUGCUAGCUUGUGUGUUUCUCGGAGUUUUUCCUUUUCGUCCAUGUUAUCUCAUCUGUUGGCAUACCGUCGUUCACGGGAUUUUAUUGAUGUGUGUGAGGUCUCUGAGAACGUCCCUGCCUUCACUCCUGCUUUUAGUCACUGGCAUCUUCUUUUAACUUGGGCCGUCUGGCCGUGCAUGGUUUUGGGGGAGUCCCCCUUGACUCUGCAGAUGCUGAGCAGUGAUCUGGCUGGGAAAGGGGACCAGGAGUGCAGGGCACCUGCUGAGGACUCACCUAAGCCCAAGAGUCAGAGAGUCGGAGCUCCAACCACAUCUGCCUGCAUGCCUUUCCCAGGCUCUCCCCAAGCGGACAGCCAGCACCCCCUCCCCAAAGACCGGGCAGUUCCUGACCAGCACCCCACCAAGUCCUCAGUAAGGCCUGUCUUUGGGGGAGCAGGGUUUCAGGAGGACAGUGGGGGUGGUGUAGAACUCACGGCUGGCGGUUCCGGGCCUCUCAGGAAGCUUUGCCACUGGGCUUGGGGUUAAGUGGGUGUGGGACUCCGAACCCUAAAGGGGUGAGAGUUGAAAUGAAAGCGGCACCUGUAGUCCAUUUGGGGUGCAGGUGUGUGCCGGGGGUCUUCAGCCCCGGCUGAUGGCCACAUGAACCGCAUGAGGAGAGGCAGGGCGUGUCAGCAGCAAACCUAAGUGUGUGCUCAUUUCUGUGGGCCCUUACUCUGUGACACCGCAGCUCUCCAGAGAGACGCUUUGAAAACAAAACAGGAAAGAACACACAGCCCCGCAUCUGUUGCCUGAGUCACUGUAUUCCUUAAAAGAAGAAGGACCCUGGUCCUUGGCUUUUCGUGCACAUGAGAAAAUGUUGGCCAAGGUUAGCGAUUAUGCUUCUGUAAUUUGUAACCAGAAGUGCUCUUACGCCCAAACCUUGGUGGGAUUCUGCUGUAAUGUAACUUCGGAGCCAGCUGGAUGGAUGUGACUGUGCAGGUCCUGAGCCCCGGCCCCCGUAACCAAGCAGUGGGCCGAGACACUGAGCCGGGCAGUCAGACAGGAGCUCUCUAAGGCUGCUCCCGGGCUGGGGCCUGGGUCUAGGAUUCUCAGUAAGACCUUUGAAUAAAACUAACUUGAAUUCUUCAAAA